UCUCUGUUUGGCGCCUCGCUCUUUCCGUGGCUGGCGAUGCUGUACUGGCUAAAGCACCCGACGGUUGGCGCGCCUCCGGGAGUGACAUUUGGCCUCACCUUCCUGCUGGCCUUCGUCUUCGGCUCCAUCCCGGCGGCGAUUGGCGCUGGUGCCCUCUUCGGCGUCAGCCUCGCCGACGCCGAUUGGCUGCAUGGAUCGGCCGAGUCGUUGCUCGCCAUCACCAACUGCGUCGUCGUCUUCGGGUUUCGGGACGCGAUC